CUUGUGGGCGUGGCUGGCCCUCGGAGCGGAGAGGGAGAGAGAGAAGGAGAGAGACUAGAGAAGCGGCGAGGAGGCCCGGAAGCGCUGCUGGCGUCGAGGGAGCGUGCUGAACCAUUAAGAAAAUGGACACAGAGCAAAUCAAUGCCUUAUGAGCUGUGGGGCUGCAGAAGCCUGCUGAGGAUCCCAUGGACAGCCGGAAGAUCAAAUGGGUUUCAAAAUGAUGUCCAUGCUGAGCUGCGCUGUCAAAACCCUUCCUGCUCUCUCGCCAUGGGCUGCCAGAUUGCCGGUGAGGUUCCUCAGCUGCUCUCCCCGGCUGCAUGCAGCAGCUCAGCCCAAGAGUAAGAAAACCUUAGCUAAAAAUGGGGUGAAGAAUAUUGUGGUGGUGGAUGGAGUUCGCAUCCCAUUUCUGCAGUCAGGAACCUCAUAUUCAGACUUGAUGCCACAUGACCUGUCCAGAGCAGCACUGAAAGGCUUGAUGAAUCGGACUGAUGUGCCAAAGGAGGCUGUAGAGUACAUUGUGUUUGGCACUGUGAUCCAGGAGGUGAAGACCAGCAAUGUUGCCAGAGAGGCUGCCCUGGGAGCCGGCUUCUCUGACAAAACUCCAGCCCACACAGUCACCAUGGCUUGCAUCUCUUCAAACCAGGCCAUGACAACGGGGAUUGGUCUCAUUGCAUCUGGCCAGAUGGAUGCAGUUAUUGCUGGCGGUGUGGAACUGAUGUCAGACGUCCCCAUCAGGCACAGCCGGAAGAUGCGGAAGAUGAUGCUGGGGCUCCCAAAGGCCAAGACCCUGGCUCAGAGGCUCUCCCUGAUCUCCAAGAUCCGUCCAGAUUACUUUGCACCAGAGCUUCCAGCAGUGGCUGAAUUCUCCACCAGCGAGACCAUGGGCCAUUCGGCAGACCGGCUGGCAGCCGCCUUUGCCAUCUCGCGCUUGGAGCAAGAUGAGUAUGCUGUCCGGUCCCACAGCCUGGCCAAGAAAGCCCAGGACGAGGGCCUCCUCGCAGACGUGAUCUCCUUCAAGGUGCCAGGUAGAGACACUGUUGUGAAGGACAACGGAGUCCGUCCAUCUUCACUGGAGCAGAUGGGUAAACUGAAGGCUGCUUUUAUCAAACCUUAUGGGACCGUCACAGCUGCCAAUUCUUCUUUCCUGACUGAUGGCGCAUCUGCAGUCCUCCUGAUGUCCGAAGAGAAGGCUUUGGCAAUGGGAUACAAACCGAAGGCCUACCUCAGGGAUUUUGUCUACGUCUCUCAAGACCCAAAGGACCAGCUCCUACUCGGGCCAACCUAUGCAACGCCCAAAGUUCUGGAGCGGGCAGGCCUUACCAUGGCCGACAUCGACGUGUUUGAGUUUCAUGAAGCAUUUGCAGGGCAAAUUUUGGCAAAUAUGAAGGCAAUGGAUUCAGAUUGGUUUGCUCAGAACUACAUGGGCAGGAAGUCGAAGGUUGGAGCUCCCCCUCUGGAGAAAUUUAACAACUGGGGUGGGUCCCUGUCUCUGGGACACCCCUUUGGAGCCACCGGCUGCCGCCUGGUUAUGACUGCAGCUCACAGGCUGAAGAAGGAGGGAGGACAGUACGGCCUAGUGGCAGCAUGUGCUGCUGGAGGACAGGGCCAUGCGAUGCUUGUAGAGCUUUACCCACAGUAAAGGCACAGCCAAGACCUGCUCCUACUUGAGCCCACCUUUACCCUCCCAAAGCACUAACUCAAAAUUCAUCUCCAUUCCUCCCUCGGAAGACUCCCAAGUGGCCUUUGUAAAUAUUUUCCAGUCGCCUGAAGAAGUUGAACAGUUAGUGGAUGGACUACGUUCAGUAUUUAAGUCAGUAAUUGGGUUUCUGCCGUUUAUCCAUCAAAUGAAUGGCAAGCCCUUUUUGCACAUGGAAGCAACGUGAGGAUUUGGAGGACUCCCAUUAUUAAAGGAAACGGCUGUGUGGGUGAGUGGUUUGGUUUUUAAAGCGAAGCUGGUUGUAUUCAGGGUGUGCCUUUUUCCAAAAAAUACACUUUUUAAACAAGGGGUGGCCAGUGCAAAGGAAGUGUAUUGAAAGCAAUGUCUGUCAGCACACCUUGGCCUUAAUAAAUCAGAGCAACAUUGCGA